UUGUAAUAGGCCUGAUGCAGAACUGCAGCGGUCGAAAAGACAGUGUGAAUGGUCCUGAUGAUGAGAUCAGAGUGUGUGCUGCCUGCCGACAAAGAGGGAAACUAAAGACUAGUAAUCCGCUCGCUGCGUCAGUACGCACAAGAUAAAACCGCAGAUGGCCUGACUAUCCCAAUCCUAAUUCAAACGGGUAGAAUCGAAAAAGAAUACAGCCCAUGAAGGUGAAGAGUCUACAUUUUAGAAAAAAAAGGAAGGGUCCUGUGAACAGAACCUGCACAUCAGACAUCUAAGAGCCUGAUUCGUCUUACGCAGACGUUUUGCGACGGUGGCACAUUUGCUCACAUGCUCACCACGCACCAGGGACGGACGGACAACACGAUUACAACUUCAAUUGCGUUCAUAUUCCUCCUCAGUUUGACCGUCACCGCUUAACGUUGUAACUCGCAUGUUAUUACCGUUGUUAAGCAGGACAAUGGUGUCGUCGCUGUUAUUUAUUUUGAUGCCCAAACGGGCGAAUUUUCACGAGAAUCUGCUCUGUCCGUGAGGAUGUCCCCACACUGCCUUUAACAUAUUUUUAGUCGGGUGGAUUUUCCCCCCUAUCCCAUUUUUCCGUCGGUUUGUCUUUAAGAUAGCGGGCUAUUAAUUUUUAAUUCUUAUGCAUCCGCACGAAGAAGGGACCAGAGAGGAGAAAACGAGUGAUAACUAAAGGGGAAGAGAAGGAGAAGGAAGCAAGUGAGGAGGGAAGCGAGAAUGAAAGAGACACACUGAGCAAUCAAGUAAAAGGAGAUUGGAGGAAUCAAGGAUCACUCACGCAUUAGCAUCACCCCUUGUCCUGCCCCCUGGUCAGCCUCCAGCAUGGCUCUAGCAGUCUGGAUCAUCUUCACCUGUGCUGUGGCUUUCUGCAACAUUUCUCCAUCCUCACCAGCUCUGAGCCGGUCAAUGAUGCCCUUUGGCUUGAUGCGUCGAGAGCUGGCAUGUGAAGGCUACCCGAUCGAGCUGCGCUGCCCUGGAAGUGAUGUCAUCAUGAUUGAGACAGCCAACUACGGCCGCACCGAUGACAAGAUCUGUGACGCAGACCCCUUCCAGAUGGAGAAUGUGCAGUGUUACCUGCCCGACGCCUUUAAGAUUAUGUCACAGAGGUGUAAUAACCGCACCCAGUGUGUGGUGGUAGCCGGGUCGGACGUGUUCCCAGACCCAUGCCCAGGGACCUACAAGUACCUGGAGAUCCAGUAUGAGUGUGUCCCCUACAUCUUUGUGUGUCCGGGGACGCUGCUGCGGGUGCAGCCGGCUAGCUUAUUGCAGGAGGCCGAGCAUCAGGCAGGGGCGUGGUGUAAGGACCCGCUCCAGUCUGGGGACCGUCUGUACGUCAUGCCCUGGACCCCCUAUCGUACUGACAUGCUGUAUGAGUAUGCCUCCUGGGAAGACUUCAAACAGAACCGAGCCACAACCACCUACAAGUUGCCCAACAGAGUUGACGGCACAGGGUUUGUGGUGUACGAUGGUGCAGUAUUUUACAACAAAGAACGCACUCGAAACAUUGUUAAGUAUGACCUGCGGACACGCAUCAAGAGCGGCGAGGCAAUCGUCACAAACGCCAACUACCAUGACACCUCGCCCUACCGCUGGGGAGGGAAAUCGGACAUCGACUUGGCUGUGGAUGAGAACGGUCUCUGGGUAAUCUACGCCACUGAGGCCAACAAUGGACGACUGGUGGUCAGCCAGGUGAACCCCUACACCCUGCGCUUUGAAGGCACCUGGGAUACCAGCUUUGACAAGAGGAUGGCAUCCAACGCCUUCAUGGCGUGCGGUGUGCUUUACGCCGUGCGGUCUGUCUACCAGGACGAUGACAGCGAAGCAGGGGGCGACCUUGUGAUGUAUGGGUAUAAUACGAACCGGGCCCGCGAGGAGCCUGUUAACAUCGCUUUCCCCAACCCCUAUCAGUAUAUUUCCUCUGUGGACUAUAACCCUCGAGACAACCAGCUUUAUGUCUGGAACAACUAUAAUGUGCUGCGCUAUCCGCUGGAGUUUGGACCACCAGACCCCACUACGGGCCCACUGACCACCACCCAAGUGACCACCACUCUUCCAGCCAGGCCCUUCACCUCCAGUGCCAGCCCCUCUACCGCCAAGCCUCUGGCCCCCACCUCACACCCAAUCGGCUCCAUCAACAAGCACCCUGAUCUUCGACCAAUCACAGCCACUGUGCCUGUCACCCGCCGGUCACCCCUCCCUCCUCAAGGCUCAGAGCCCCAUGUCUGUGAGGCCAAGCUGGUCCGUGGUGUCCAGUGGCCCUCCACUCAGAGAGGAGAAACAGUAGACCGCCCAUGUCCCAAAGGCUCUUUAGGCAUUGCUUCGUUCCAGUGCUUGGUGGAGCAGGUCAUGUGGAACCCGCGGGGUCCUGACCUGAGUAACUGCACCUCCCCGUGGGUCAACCAGGUGGCCCAGAAGAUAAAGAGUGGCGAGAAUGCCGCCAACAUAGCCGGAGAGCUAGUGAACCACACACGGGGCCGGAUCCAGGCUGGAGAUGUCAGCUCAUCUGUGCGACUGAUCGAGCAACUGCUGGACAUACUGGAUGCCCAGCUUCAGGCCCUGAGGCCUGGAAACAAGGAGUCCGCUGCACGAAACUACAACAAGCUCCAGAAGCGAGAGCGGACCUGUCGGGCCUACAUUCAGGCGGUAGUGCAGACAGUGGACAACUUGUUACGUCCCGAGGCCCUGGAGUCGUGGCAGGACAUGAACAGCACAGAGCAAGCCCACACUGCCACCAUGCUGCUGGACGUCCUGGAAAAGGGAGCUUUCCUGCUGGCCAACAACAUGUAUGGCAAUCGCUUUUCUGACCGAGCGCCCAGCAUUGAUCUCGAGGUGCAUGUGCUGAACACGGAGAUGGACCUGCAGGACUUGUCCUUUCCACAGAACUAUGCCAGUGAAGGCACCAUCCAGCUUUCAGCUUCCACUAUCAAACAGUACAGUCGGAACGGACAAGUCAAGGUGGUGUUCAUUCUUUAUAAAAACUUGGGAUCCUUCCUCUCCACUGAGAACGCCACAGUGAAGAUGGAAGUGGAUGGGCCAAGCCACGAUAAGAAGCGCCUGGCGGUCAACUCCCAUGUAAUUGCUGCGUCCAUCAACAAAGAGUCCAGCAGAGUGUUUCUCAUUGAGCCAGUGGUCUUCACACUCAAACAUCUACAGUUGGAGGAUUUUUACUCUCCAAAUUGCUCCUUCUGGAACUACUCGGAGCGCUCCAUGACAGGCCAGUGGUCGUCGCAGGGCUGCAAGUUGCUGGACACCAACAACACACACACCACCUGCUCUUGCAGCCACCUCACAAACUUUGCCGUGCUCAUGGCUCACCACGAGCCCGAUUACCAGGGGAGAAUGCAUGAACUGAUCCUGUUUGUGAUCACCUGGGUGGGGAUUGUCAUCUCCCUAGUGUGUCUAGCCAUCUGCAUCUCCACUUUCUGCUUCCUGCGGGGCCUGCAGACUGACCGCAACACCAUCCACAAGAACCUCUGCAUCAACCUCUUCAUCGCCGAGUUGCUCUUCCUCAUCGGCAUCGACAAGACCGAAUACCAUAUUGCCUGUCCCAUCUUUGCUGGCCUUCUGCAUUUCUUCUUCUUGGCUGCCUUCUCCUGGAUGUGUCUGGAGGGUGUGCAACUCUAUCUCAUGCUGGUGGAGGUCUUUGAGAGCGAGUACUCCCGCAAAAAGUACUACUAUCUUUGUGGCUACUGCUUCCCCGCACUGGUGGUGGGCAUCUCUGCGGCUAUAGACUACAGGAGCUAUGGAACCAAGAAAGCAUGCUGGCUGCGAGUGGAUAACUACUUCAUCUGGAGCUUCAUUGGACCCGUUUCAUUUGUUAUUAUGCUCAACCUCAUUUUCCUCAUGAUCACUUUACACAAGAUGAUCCGCAAUUCUUCAGCACUCAAACCUGACUCCAGCCGCCUGGAUAACAUUAAGUCUUGGGCUCUGGGGGCCAUUGCUCUGCUGUUCCUGCUGGGGAUGACGUGGGCCUUUGGCCUCCUCUUUAUUAAUGAGAACACAUUAAUCAUGGCCUAUCUCUUCACCACCUUCAACGCCUUCCAGGGCAUGUUUAUCUUCAUCUUCCACUGUGCACUGCAGAAGAAGGUUCAUAAGGAGUACAGUAAGUGUCUGCGCCACUGCUACUGCUGCAGCCGCACCUCCACCACCAGCUCUCACGGCUCCCUGAAGAACUCAGGACUGCGUGCCAACAACCGCUACUACAGCGGCAGCCAAGCUCGCCAUGCAGCAGCCCACCGACAGAGUCGGAUCCGCAGGAUGUGGAACGACACGGUUCGCAAGCAGACAGAAUCUUCUUUCAUGGCGGGAGAUAUCAAUAGCACCCCGACACUCAACCGGGCGACCAUGGGCAACCACCUUCUGACGAACCCAGUGUUACAGACUCGGACUGGUACCUCUCCUUACAACACUCUGCUGGCUGAGAGCUUCACCCCACCCUCACCUGGUGUCUUCAACUCUACCGGAACCUUCCGUGACCCAAAGAGCACGUUAUCAAAGGCCCGCGACCCCUGUGGAAUGGAAACCCUGCCCUUGAAUGGUAACUUCAACAACAGCUACUCCCUGCGCACUGGCCCAGGGGUUGUAAGUGGGGGCAGCUGUGACUUCCUUGGUGGUGGGGGCAAAGACAGUCCCCCGCCCCUCUUCAAUCCCCGUGGCUCAGAGACACUGGCAGGCGGAGGCAUCCGGCGAAACCUCUCUGAUGCUGCGGCCUUCGAGAAAAUGAUCAUCUCUGAGCUUGUGCACAACAACCUAAGAGGUGGUGUUGGAGGAGGAAAUGGAGGAGGUGAUGUAGCAGACAGGGUGUGCGGCAGCCUGGCCAGGGGACGUCCUCACGGUGGGGUUGGUCGGGGGACAUCGGGUGCCGGGCCAGAGCCAUGUAUGGAUGAAGGCGAAGACUUUCUUAGAGAAGGGCGGCAACGCACCCCACAGGAUGUGGAGCUGCUUUACAAAGCUCUGGAGGAGCCCCUGCUGUUGCAGCGAGCCCAGUCGGUCCUCUACCAAAGCGAUCCAGAGGAGUCAGAGAGCUACACGGCCGACCUCACCGAGAGCCUGGGCCACAGCGGCCACAGUGGCCAGAAUGCUGGUGGGCAGGCUGGCAACAGAGCGCCAGACUCCCCUGCUCGUGACUCCCUGUACACCAGCAUCACCAACCUGCGAGACUCACCUUACCCUGACAGCAGUCCUGAGCCCCUGGAGGUGGUCCCCCGUACGGCCCAGCCCCCUGAGGAGCUGUACUACAGCUCCGGGAGGCCCGCCCUGGGCUCUCGUGGGGCCCCCAUGCAGACCUUCUACCAGGCCCCGCCCAGAAGACCGAGUGGGGAAGGACACCAGGCUCAGGAGCCUGUUCACAAUGAGGGAGACGGACAGAUGCAGCUGGUCACCAGCCUGUGACUGGAGCCUGAAGGAGGAAGUUGGGGACUAAUAUGAUGGCCAAAGCCGCCUCCUUGCCCGCCUCGUUCUCGCGUCUCUCCACUUUCUGCUUGUUUGGUUGCCUUUCUUUCUCUUGACUUUUAUUUAACUACUGUAACAGAUGAGCAAACAGAGUGACCUUCAGGUGGAGUCGUGCCUGACUCUGCAGAAUCAGCCUUUCUCUCUAACCCUUCCCCGUCUUAUGCAGUUGAGUGAUAAGGUUUUUUUUCCGAGCAUUCAUCGGCUCCCUGCAAACCCCAGUCCUCCCCAUUUUCUUUGGUACCCUAAGGCCAAGUCAAGCACUCUGAAUGUACCGAUCUACCCCCUUUACCUUCAGAUAUUUCAAAACUUUGAAACUUUGUUAAAGUUUUUUUAUGUAAUAUCUCUUUAGACCUCCGGAGAUGGGAAUAUCAUUUUAUAUUUGAUCUCAUUUCCCUUUCGUACCAUCUAUAGGUCUUUUUUGAGUCAUCAUGUGAUUGGAGUAGUUAGCUGUGGAGACAGGGAAUAUAGUUCACUAUUAUUACCUAAAAAAUGUCUCACAGAAAGCUCUUCAUUGUUGCCAAAAAUAUCUUUUAUUGAGCCAGAACAGAAACUAGAACAUUUACACACAGACACACACACACACACACACUCACACACACACACACACAUGCUCACUCAUCCAGAAGUGCUCAUUACUGAACAUCAAGAGUGAAAACAGUACUCCAUCUAAGUAAAAGGAAACAAGAGCUUUUGUUCCAAGCAGACAGUGGGAGCUGAUUCAGAGUAGUUGCCUUCAUUUCCUCUUGCUGUGAAUCAACGACUAUGUACAGAAGUGGAGUAGAGGCAGAGACGAAGACUGACGAGGUGCUGCACCACCCCUCCAGAGCAGGAAACCUGCAUCCAUAAGACUGGCCAAUCCUCUCCACUCUUCUCUCGGGUGGUUUGCUUUAGGCAUUUGAAAAGUUAAAUGACUGCCUUGCUAAGUUUUGAAAGGAGUCUUCAAUUUGUUGACUUUGGGUCUGCAUCCUCUGGGGGCUGCAGGAGUGGAUAUAUGUCACCCCCUACCCUUGUACUUUGCUGAUAGAGCCCAGCCAGUUGAAGUGGACUUGUUUUCCCUGUGUGGUUGUGACAAACAAGACUGUAAACACCGCAAACGCACUGGUCGGCCAAUUGGUAUAAGCGUGUACAUAGGAACCACACAUGAAUCUACUUUAUUCCUACUAUGUAAAUAGAGAUACCAGAUGAUCAAAAGCAACAAAAAGUAACAAAUACUAUGAAACAUGACUUCUUGUACUGCAACAAACCAACAAAAGAAAAAAAUAAAAUGUUUUGGAGUUUGUGAACUGAAUGAUAAACUCUAUCUCUUUCCCCCAUGGCUUGAUCCCUCGCUCUCGCUCUUCUGUGCCAUCCAGUGAAAAAUCUUUAGCAAUCCAAUGGAGAGAGAAAGGCAAAGAGAGAGACAGAUUUUAAUGUGUAGUAGAUUUUAUUUAUCUAAAUGGAAAACGGAACAAAAAAAAUCCUGGCACAAUUUGUAUGUAAUAUAAUCCGUAACAUGUUGUUAAUGUUUGACCUUUGACUUUCCCAGGGUGGAAUUGCCAAAAGCAGCGGGGCGGACGGGAGGCAAGCUAGAUAGAUGUCGUCAAAUGUCAUACUGUGCCUCACAGGCACGAUAAAGCAUUGUGGCUGAACAACAGCAUCCAUAAAGUGAUUCGGUUUGCUCUUGUAUUACUUGGAAGAUAUAACCAGAUUACAUACUUUUAACAACAUGGGUUUUAGCAUGUAUGAUGACAUUUGUUUUUAAUAUCAGAAAAUAUUGCAUUCUGCUGUUUCUUAAAAGAUAGUUUCAGCAUAACUCCUGAGCCUAAUGUGACAGUCCAUUCAUUUCCUGUGUGCAUGUGUUUGCGUGCAUGUGUGUAAGUAUGAUAUCUGGGUGGCUGGUUGUGUGUGUUCAGUAUCAAGUGUGCGUGCGUGCGUGCAUGUGUGUGACGUGUACCAGACUUAUGUAUGUGCGCGCACAUUUGAAAGGCUAUUUUUUCUGACAUGUUUUGAAUGCACAGCAGACAAGGGGAAUACUCAUCUCAGAGAGCUGCCAUUACUUCUCUGCCUCAAAUGGAAGUUGCUCAUUCCGUGGUGUUCAGGUACAAGGAGGACAGGAAAAAUAAGACCGCCUGGGGGGAUUGCGAGAUAACCAUAUACCACUAAAAUGACAUACAGGGUUGACUGAUUGGGAGGAACAUGUUUCCAAUAUGCCACCUUAUGCAAGCGAUACAUUUGAGAAAUUAGCUGUCAAGAGAGAGCUGCUCAUGAGGCUCCUUUCAUCCAGCUAAAAUCUGUCUGACCUUUAAAAAAAAAAACGAGUUCGCCUUCUUCUACGCUGUAUUUAUAGGUAUUUGUUAUGGUUUAUUUAUCAGUUUUUAUGUGUGCUUUUGGAAUAUUUAUUCACAUUGAUUUAUUCAUGCCAUUGUUAUUUUUAUUUUUUUGACUGUCUCCCUCGUAAACCUGCGCCAAGCGAACAAGUGCGAUAUGUGGGAAGAACGUGAGCAGAAAAUAAAUGCAUCCACUGCAGUGUGACAUUUGGCUAUAGAGAUUGGCUGUCCGACUUCAAAGAGAACCCAAAGGACAGCUUUUAGCUGUGGCUUCUGGGGCUGACAGAGAGAGAGGGUUAAAGACAGAUAAGGGAGAGGGAUUACAAGGAUUUGGCACCAUUUAUUCUUGUUAUUCAAAUCACUGCUGUAAGUAACAUUGUACGGGCCAUGGAGCGAGAUGAGGCUCAGAAAGAAGGCACUAGUAUAAUCACUUGAGCCAUAGGGGGUUAACACGUGCAAUAUUGCUUUGAUGGUACAUGACUUCGCAGCUGAACCAGGGAGCUGUCUGUGUUUACAAAUGAAAAGACAAUAUGCACAUGUAUUCUGCUCUGCUGCGGUGCUGGACAAUAUGAAGCACGGAUCUCACGGCUCGGUGGCGGGGCACCGUACCGAGGCCGCGCUCACUGGUCAUCUGAGGACAACUGAAUGUAUUUUAACAAGCAUGCCUGAAGAUAAAACAAUUCACUCCAGGGUGGACGUGUUAAUGGGAAACACAAGGCGGCCAUCAUCAUCAUCUUUAUCCCCCAUCACUCUCAUCACCAUCAUCAUUAACUCCAUCCCUCCCUCAUUGUAUUUGACAUAAUCUGCUGAUGCUGAUCUCUACUGUUCAGCUGGGACCUGCCCCGGGGGAGAAACACUGUUUAAAUAGGCUGUCCCCAUGAGAGGAGGAAUGUGCGUCACCUUGGGCCUGCUUCUCGCUUUUCCAGCACCUCCUACCUCCUUUUUUUCCCCUCCCUUUCCCCCAUCUCAUCCACAUUUUAAUAUCAAUCUCAAUGGACACCAUUAGUGCAGCACUUUUUUGAGAGUGUUAAUUUGUUUUGUCAAAAGCUUUGUUUAUCCCAGAUUAAUAUCUCAAUAAACAGAGGAGUGCUGUACUGUUGUAAAUGAUAAUGAUUAUACAGUAGAAAACCCACAGCCCAUGCUGUUGGACAGAGGCUCACACAUAGGAGUUUCUCAACCAUUCAGAGCCCUCCAAACCUGUGAUUACAGUAAUAACACAGUGGGUACUAAUUUACAACACGCCCUCACUCUUUUCUUCUCGCUUUCUGUCUCCGUGUCAGCAAAUGUUUAACAGAAUUCCCAUUUUUAUACUAGCAACGCUGGCAUGCAUAUGCUCCAAUGGAAAAGUGUUAAGUUGUUUUAAAGGUGGGACGCCCAACCUUUGACACAGUGCUGUCUCACCCCUGCAGCUUAGUGUUAGUGGAGAGUGAGCUGUGGCAUUGUUCAGUCUAUCAUUAGACAGCGGAAGUCCCAGGAGACCUACGGUCUGUUUACUUGCAGUUGACCCUUUCACACACAGAGCUAUUUUUUUUUUUCAACCAGUGACUCGUGUGGUCCAUAUCAGACGAGGAGGGCGGAUGGGAGGGAGGUAGUGGUUUGUGAGUUCAACAGCAGCAGGAGGUCAUUAUGUCUGCAAAGACGGGCCCAAGAGGGGACAGAGCUGUGACAACAUCUGCAGAGAUGUCACAAAUCCAUAGUUCCUUCAUAGAGAGAGAGGAUGGCAGGUGAGGGGAGUUUGCGGUGAGGCUGUGCAGGGCUGGAUCUGGAGAUAAGGAGAUACAUGUUUCAGACUGCUUUCUGUGGUGGUUAGCAGUCCCGAGGUUAUCACCUUAUUGUUUAAAUGUUCAAGCUGGCAUGUCAGAUCUCAAGUUUGUUCAUUGAAUAAAACAAAUAUGCCUGUAGAGAAAGAAAGAUGUUGUUAUUGUUGUUUGGUCUAAUGGAUGCUUCCUUUAAAAAAAAUGUGAAAAUGAAUCCACUGCCGCAUCAGCCGAUUAAAGCGAGAUUUUUUGAGUGCUAACAAAUGCGACAGAUUUUCCUAUACAGAUUUAUAAAAAGCAAAUGUAAACAAUGAUAAAGUAGUACUAUUUUGUUAUUGGUCUCUUGUUACAUGUCCACGUGACUACUGAAUACAGUACUCAUAGAGUAGUUUUAAGAAUAUGUAGAGGGGAUGAGGAUUGUGCUGUUUCUCUUUUUUGUUAAACAUGUGUCCAUGAAGUUGUGCCAGAAAUUCCGGCCAUCUUUGAUGCACAGGGUGGGACCAGUAUCAGAGGAGCUUUUGUGUAAGAUGGGCUUCUCCAUGGAGACCCCAAGGUCCCAAACAAACAUAUCUUUUGACACACAUACAUGUAUACAAUACACAUCUUUAGUCAGGUUACGUAGUUUUAUACACUGAAGUGGAGACGUACAUGUAUGUGCGGUAUACUUGUUAACAUUUAUACACAUACAGCCGGAGCAGGCUGAAUCUGUAGGCAUGUUUUUUUCUUUUUUCUUUCUUCUCCUCCAGUGGUUGUGCUGUCUAUGAGAGUGGAGAAGGGCUGAACUGUGCCUGCAUGUACCUGUCCAUGACUAGGGAUCUCCAUCCCUUUAUCUCCCAUGGGACAGGCUAGAAAAUGCUGCCCAAGAUUAUCUGAGUCAGUCAUCAAAGGUAGAAUAGCUGGCUAUAGCAGGUGUGAAUGGGACAUUCUGAGUAUCAGCCAAAGGCUGCAUUAAUCGGGUCAGUACAGUAGAACCUGGUCAGUAUUGAACAUCCCUGAAAUGCUUAAAUCUAUUGGAAUAAAUUAUUGGGUGCUAGUGGGUUUACGGAACAGGCUGUAGGCAUUGGUAGAUACAGUGGGUACUGACAUUGUGCCAUGUGGGGUUCUACAUAUAGCACCAUUUCCAGAGCUUUCAGUGAAUUUUCUAUGAAAUAAAUUAUUUAUGAUGUACCACUGAGACAGUUGUAAACUGAACACCUUUAUACUGUUUCUAUUUUCUUUGAGGAAUAAUGUUAAUUUGUUUUUUAUUUUAUUUUAUUUCACACAAUCAUGCUUUGACAGCUGUCUGGGCCCAACGGGAUGAUUUUCUGUGAGUGUUUGCGUCAUCGCAGGUCGGAGCGACCUUGUAUCAGCACAUAUUAAUAAAAAACUAUUGAAAUUA